UUAUUAAGCGUAAUGCUGUAGUAGCCACGUGGCAUAGUGAUAUAGUGAGGUCCUGUUUCCUAAACUCAAAUAUCCUGUAAAUCAGUUCUGGGUUUUAAAGUUUUUCUAAAUCGUUUAUGAAGUUUAACUGUUAGCUCAGCAUACCUGGCGGCGGUGAUAACGUCAGUACUGACAUCCAUCUCACUUACAUGUAUGACUGUCGCCUGAAUAGACACGACGGCGCAGAAAACUUGCAUUAUUAUUCAUCAACUACACCAACGUGUAUUUCAUAGCUUAGUGGUCUAUUAUGAAUGGGGCUCUCGACGUCUUCGACUUCCUGGUUGUGUGUUUUGAAUGGCGUCUCCUUUUGUCCAGAUUUAUUUCAAUAACCUGCGUGCAACUGACUGACUUUAAAGGGCAAAUUUGCAAUUUAAUGGUAUAAUAUGUGUACUUAUUACAGUUCUGUAAUGAUUUCAAAGUUUUAUAUAUAUUUUAGAAGUAUUUUAUAGUAAUUUUAGUUAUUUGAAGUAAAAUUAUUCAGUACAAGUUUGGAAAAAUAUUGGAGGUUUUAACUUCUGCAACUUUAAGAUGUUAAAUUGCUUUACUUAUGAAUACAAGAAGACACAAAAGUGUUGAGACUGAUUGUUUACCCCAGUCCCAUACUUACUGUGGUAAGGAACACUGUGCACAUGUUGACAGCGGGAUUAUAGGCUGUUUACAUCAUGUUUUCUCCUUGCCUCCUUAAAAGUCAACAUGCUGGAUUGCAUAAUCUUGCAGUAAGCCUGAUCUUCCCUCUUUAUUUGACUGCACUAUCAGUUCAGUUGCAGUUUGCUUCAUGUUUUUCUACCCGGGCUUGUAUGGGCAUGAAAACAAUGUGAGACUAAAAGCCAUGUCCAUUGGAGCCAAUGAAGUAAGGUCUUUGGACAGGGUGGAGGCUUGACCACCAGGUCUUGAUGUGUUUCUUCCUGAUUGUUGCAUAGAAAAGGGGCAGAGGAAUGGCCCUGCAGGAGUCUCCAUUUCCUAAUGCAUUUGUUGAAUGCCUUCACGCAGUGGGAUGGGCUUUCAUCCAGCCAUGUUUCUGGUUUCUCGAUCGCCUCAUUGCCUUGUGCAAGUCCACCACCCUCGAGCAAGCCCAGCGGGUGGAGGAAGAAUGCUACCUCCACCCUCUCAAGGUCGUCUUUGGAUUCCUUCUUUUCUUCAUUCUUUUCCUUGUUUCAGCGCCCUUUGCCUUCCUAGGCUUUCUACUCUGGGCACCACUGCAGGCCUUCCGUAGGCCCUUUUGCUACCAUAAAGAGAUACCCUCCACACCAGAGAGAGAGAUACACAAAGGCUUUGAAUUGGUUGGAAAAGCAUCAUUUGGAUUUGCCACCGCCAACUUGUGUCUCCUGCCUGACAGUCUUGCUCGCUUCAACAAUUUGGGGCAUACCCAGCAAAGAGCAACAGCCAUUGGUCAGCACAUUGUGCAGGGAGUGUGCAGACCUCAUAUUCGCAUCUUUGUUGACUCCCCCAGCAGUUGUGGGACCCUCAGCCCCUCCAACAGCAUAUUCCCCAUUGUUAACCCAUCCACAUAUGGAGCUGUGGAUAGACAGUCACAGCCCCCUGCAGGUAACCAUGGAGACUCAACGGAGGGACACUUUUCAACCCCGAAGACCAACAGUCAUGUGGUUUGUGAACCCUGUGAUGAUACAGAGGAGCCCUCCACAGAGCCGCCUUCCCCCCUUUGUAAUUCCAAUCAGAACUCAAACCAGCAGGGCCGAGCAGGUCACCGCAGUGCCCCUCGAGCUCUGCUUUCUCAGGGUCUCCGCCAGCAGGGAAAUGCACCUUGGGAGGUGUCAUCAUUGUUUCCUGCCAACAUGGACAUUCUGUGCCUAGAGGAAGUGUUUGAUAAGCGGGCAGCACAGAAGCUCAUGAAAGCAUUAAAACCUGUUUUUGGGCACAUACUGUAUGAUGUAGGUGUUUACGCCUGCCAGCCACCAUGCAGCUGUUCCCACUUCAAGUUCUUCAAUAGCGGCCUGUUUGUAGCAAGCCGAUUCCCUGUGCUUGAGGCCGAGUACAACUGGUUUCCCAACAGCCUCGGGGAAGACGCACUGGCUGCCAAGGGCGUCCUGUGUACUAAGGUGCUAAUUGGGAAAAAUCAGAAACAGAAGAGAGUGGUUGGCUAUUUUAACUGCACACAUCUUCAUGCACCAGAAGGUGAAGGAGAAGUUCGCUGUGAGCAGUUAAACAUGGUUAUGAAAUGGAUUGGGGAUUUUCAAGCAGCAAACAGACUGCCUGAUGAGGAAGUUGCUUUUGAUGUGCUGUGUGGAGAUUUCAACUUUGACAACUGCUCGCCUGAUGAUACCCUGGAACAGAAUCACUGUUUGUUUGAGGAAUACAGAGACCCAUGCAGGGCAGGGCCUGGAAAAGAGAAACCCUGGGUCAUAGGCACUCUGCUGGAGCAGCCAACACUCUAUGAAGAUGAAGUAAACACUCCAGAAAGACUACAGAGAGCUCUAGAGAGAGAGGAGCUGAGAAAGCAGUAUAUCUGCCCUCCUGUUCCUGCAGCAGGCUGUCCAUUGGUUUACCCUGAGGCUGACCAGCCAUGGAUCGGACGCCGGAUCGACUACAUUCUGUACCGUGAAAACUCCAUCUCAAAGCACUGUAGAACGGAAAUUGAAGAGGUGACCUUUAUUACGCAGUUGGCUGGCCUCACAGACCAUAUUCCUGUGGGCUUGAGACUGAAUGUAACAAUGGACAGUGAGAGUGUUGCUGAAUAAAGGGCUAAAAUGAACAGGGAUCAUAAGGGAACAGAAAUGUACACUGCUCUGAUCUAUCAUCGAUGUGUCUACUUACAGACUUGAAUUUGUGAUCAGUGAUAAUGUAUUGAACAAUGAUAUGAUACCUCAAGUAUAAUUUUAUUCCAGUUUUAUAAAGUUUACAAUUUUAUACAUAGAGGUGUGUUUCUGACAAGGGUACUGAUUUUGUAAAAUAUAUGUUUGUAGGCUUUUCAUAACAUUUUUUUCCUACAGAAAUAAAUUUUAAAGAGUUAAUUUUA